AUGGCCGCGAAUGCGCUUCAAAGCUAUAUCGUGGCUGCGCUCCACAACGCAGCCGCGAAGUUGCCUUCCUCAGUGCAGCCGUACGCAAUGGUGCUGGCGCGCGAGGACAUGGCCUCAACCACCUUGGCAACUGCCAUUGCGACGGCUGUCAUUCUGUACACCGUCAUCGCGGUCGUGCUACCCGUGCUGCGCAUGGACUUUUAUCUUUCGAAGCUGCCGACCAUUAAGCACGGCAUUCCAUUUCUGGGGCAUGCCCUGUUGCUGGCGGGCCCCUCACCGUGGUCGAAAAUGUCGAACUGGAGUCUGUAUCCCGAGAAGAACCUGCCAAAAAAGAAGAAGAGUGUCGACGGCCCCAAGACGAGUCGUCUGGUGACCUACAACGUCGCCGGCAUGCGGGUCAUUUACAUCAACGAGCCCCGCCUGCUGCGCCGCGUCCUACUCACGCACCAGCGCAACUACCGCAAAGCGCUUGCGGCAGCGUACAAACACUUCAUGUGUCUCCUCGGCACCGGCCUCGUCACCUCGGAGGAUGAGCAGUGGAAGAAGGGGCGCCUGCUGUUGUCGCAUGCGUUGCGCAUCGACAUUCUGGACAGCGUCCCGGAAAUGGCUAUGAAGGCGGUCGACCGCAUUCUGCUGAAGCUCGACGCGGUUAACGCGAAGAACCCCUCCGUGGACCUCAACGAAGAGUACCGCCACAUGACACUGCAGGUGAUCAGCGAGAGUGCGCUGUCACUCUCCGCUGAAGAGUCCGACCGCAUCUUUCCGGCUCUCUACUUGCCUAUUGUGCACGAGUGCAACAAGCGUGUGUGGGCACCGUGGCGCGCCUACAUGCCAUUCCUGCACGGCUCGCGCGUGCGUAACCACUGCCUCUCCGAGCUGAACAAGGUGCUGAGAGACAUCAUCUGUCGUCGAUGGGAGCAGCGCAAUGACUCCAAGUACACAGCAAAACCCGACAUUCUGGCGCUGUGCAUUUCGCAGAUCGAUCGCAUCGACGAAAAGAUGAUUGUGGGGCUCAUUGACGAUGUGAAGACAAUCUUGCUCGCUGGCCACGAAACGUCGGCCGCGCUGCUGACCUUUGCGACCUACGAGGUCCUGCGCCACCCUGAGAUCCGCCAGAGGGUCUUGGAGGAGGCCACGCGCCUCUUCGACCCCGCCCGUUGCACGCGCACCGUGCAGACUCGCUACGGCCCUCGCGGUGUGCCGUCGGUCAAUGACGUGCGUGACCUGGUGUGGACGCCUGCAGUGCUGCGCGAGACGUUGCGGCGGCACAGCGUUGUGCCGCUGGUGAUGCGGUACGCAGCGAAGGACGACGUCUGGCCUGCGGAAGACACCGGCCUCGACGCCGACGUCCGCAUCCCCGCUGGCUGCACGAUCGCUGUUGGCAUCGAGGGUGUGCACAACAAUCCUGAUGUGUGGAACAAGCCAGAAGUCUUCGACCCGACCCGGUUUAUUGAUGCUGAGAUCGCCAACGAUACCAACUACCUGAACCAAAGCACGAAGGAUGUGAAGUUCGCCAAGAAAAUACACCCAUACGCAUUCAUUCCCUUUAUCAACGGCCCCCGCAACUGCCUUGGGCAGCAUCUCUCUAUGAUCGAGACGCAAGUCGCCUUGUCGUACAUGGUGCUUAACUAUGACCUAACGAUUUACCGAGAUCCUUCGUACAAGGGUGACGUUGCGGCAUACGAGGACGCUGUCGGGCGCCACCACGACUUCAUCAUCCCGCAGGUUCCGCACGACGGGCUGAAAGUGCGGGGCACACCGAACAAGCUGUUCAUGUAG